GAAGAAACGACAUAACCUUCAAAUUUGAUUUUCUAACUUGUACUUUUUGUUCUUUUGUUUAAACGCAAUCAUGCUAAGUCGCACGUGUUUAAAAUUGUUUUCUGGCUCAAAUUAUCAAAAAUCGUCGGUUGCAUUAUGCGCAAUUCGAAACAACAGUUCAGUACAGCAAGAACCGGCUAGAGUAGAAAAAACUAUAAAUUCUGUACAAUUGUUAGGCAGAGUAGGCGCUGAUCCUCAACAAAAAGGAUCUGAUGAACGCCCUGUAGUUGUUUUUUCAAUGGCCACUCACACAAAUUACAGAUAUGAAUCCGGCGAAUUUAUGCAAAGAACAGAAUGGCAUAAAAUAAUAUGUUUCAAGCCUGGUCUUCGAGAUUCGAUUUUGAAUUACUUGAAAAAAGGGCAACGGGUCCUCGUCACUGGCAGGAUUAGUUACGGAGAAAUUAAAAAUGAUGAUGGUACUUCUAAAACCACUACUUCUAUUGCUGCAGAAGACAUUGUAUUUUUUAACUCUCAAUCGUAGUUUUUUUCUGUACAUUUUACUUACUUUUUAUAAUAAAAUUUAAGAUCUGGUAGUGACUUAAUAAUUACAA